AUGAUCAUAACUCGCGGGUUCUCGCUGACAAACUUUGUCAUUGCCAGCUCCGCCCUGUGCUUUCAAGUCUGUGUCUUGUAUCCCUGGCACCACAAACUCGAGGAUGAAUUCAAGGAGCUCAAGACCGAACACCUCCGUCUACUUAAGGAGCAUGAAGAGAGCCGGCUUAAAGAAUUGAGAAGUAUCAAGGAGCACUUGGGCAAAUUCUACCGUAAAGCAGAGUAG